UCAUUAUCCCUGUUUUAGAGAUGUGUAUAGAUGAAAAGAUUUCUCCUUUAUAAACAGAAACGAGGAUCAAGGUACUUAGUCUUAAGCUGUUGCCAUCUCCAAUAAUUGUCCAUUUAGAGGCUGAAUUGUGUAAUUUUCCUCUCACGUUCCUCUUCCAAUCUUGCCAAUAUGGAGCUCCCAUUCCCCUCCUCAAUCCUUCUUACCUUUCUUAUCUUUAUUUUCAUGGUGCUGAAGGUAGGAAAAAGAAAUAAAACCAACAGUGGAACUUUAAAUCUUCCUCCAGGGCCGCGGAAAUUGCCUUUCAUUGGAAAUCUUCACCAGCUUGCCGCUCUGGGAUCUCUUCCUCACCGGGGACUUCGACAGUUGGCCGAGAUAUAUGGACCCUUUAUGCAUCUCCAGCUAGGAGAAAUUUCUACCAUUGUUGUUUCUUCGCCGGAGUUUGCUGAGCAAGUGAUGAAAACCCAUGAUGCUGUUUUUGCUUACAGGCCGUAUAACGAAUUAGCAAAUAUUAUGUCCUAUUGCUACGCUGAUAUAAUCUUUUCUCCAUAUGGUGAAUACUGGAGAAAAUUAAGGAAAAUUUGUACCUUGGAGCUUUUAAGCUUGAAACGAGUCCAGUCUUUACAAUCUUUAAGAGAAGAAGAGAUGGCUAAUCUCAUCAAUUCUAUUACUGCAAAGGCAGGAUCAGUGAUGAACUUCACUGAAGAAGUUUUUUCAUCAACAUAUGGGCUCACAGCGAGGGCAGCUUUUGGGAAGAAGUGCAAAGAUCAAGAGAAAUUCAAAGCGGCUACCAAGGAGAUUUCACAGUUGCUAGCAGGUUUUCAUAUUGCGGAUCUGUUUCCUUCCAUCAAAUUUCUCCAUUCGAUCAGUGGGGUCAAGGCAAAAAUGGAGAAGCUGAUGCAAGAAUGUGAUAGAAUACUUGAAAAGAUUGUGAAUGAACAUAAGAUGGCUGAUAGGAAUGAAGGAGAUAUCGAUCUGGUUGAUGUUCUGUUGAAGUUUCAGGAAAAUGGCGAUCCUCAGUUUUCCUUAACCACCCAGAACGUCAAAGCAGUACUUUUUGACGUUUUUAGUGCAGGCAGUGACACAUCUGCAACUCUAAUGGAAUGGGCAAUGUCUGAGCUGAUAAAAAACCCAAGAGUGAUGAGAAAGGCUCAGGCUGAGGUUAGGGAAGUUUUCAACAGAAAAGGGAAAGUUGAUGAAACGGGCAUGAGCGAAAUGAAGUACCUGAAGCUAGUAAUCAAAGAGACUCUCAGAUUACACCCAGCUGCUCCUUUAUUAGUUCCAAGAGAAAGUAGAGAGCCAUGUGAGAUCAAUGGGUUCAACGUGCCAGCCAAAACCAAAGUGAUGAUCAACGCCUGGGCGAUUGCAAGGGAUCCAAAGUAUUGGAUGGAGCCUGAGAGCUUCAGUCCAGAGAGGUUCAGCGACGGCUUGCUGGACUAUAGAGGAACAAAUUUCGAAUAUAUCCCAUUUGGCGCAGGGAGGAGGAUAUGCCCAGGAAUUAUAUACGGGCUGGCUAAUGUUGAGUUUCCUCUGGCAUCUUUGCUGUACCAUUUUGAUUGGAAACUUUCAGAUGGAAUGAGGGAGGAAGAUUUGGAAAUGGAAGAGAGAUUUGGUGUGACAAUUACAAGGAAACAUGAUUUAAGAGUCAUCCCGAUUCUUUAUCAGCCAGAGACUAAAAUGAAAGUUGCAGAUUAUAAUUGACUUUUAAUUUGUUUUCCUAGUGAGAGCAAGAAGUCGUUGUUAUUCUAUCUUGCAGGUUGAGUGAAAAAAAGUAUCAUGUAUAAUAAUGUAUGAGUUCAAGUUCCAUUCUGUUCCGCCUGCAAAGGGGCAAUUUGAUGGAAUUGCUCGUUAAAAAAUAAUAAAAUUUAAUUUGAAUGAA